AUGUCACGAAGAGAUGGUCGUGAUGAAGAAAUAGAUUUUGGUGAACAGGUUAUGAAUGCAGAAAAUGAAGAAAGACUUGCUGGGUUAACUGACUCAAUUGCUCAAUUAAAAACAUCAGCAAAUUAUUUAAAAAACAAAGUUGAAAGUGAUGGAAAACAAAUUGAUGAAAUGCAAAAUCAAAUGGAUGACUUAAUGGAAUUUUUAAAUUCUGUAAGACAGAAAUUAAAGAAAUUAUUUGGAACAACAGGAAUGGGUCAUUUAUUAGUUUUAGUUAUUGGAGGAAUAGGAAUUCUUGUUGUGAUAUAUGUCGUAGCAUUUAAAUUGAAUUAA